AUGAUGCUGUGUUCCUCUUCAUUGAAGGUGUCUGACAACAUGAAGGAAAACAUCCUGCUAAAAACCAUGGAGGUGAUCUUCAUGAGACCUGAGAGUUUGAGCUGUGGUGGCCAUGGAGCCAGGAUUGCAGCGCGAAGCUCGAGACCUAGCAGUGCCAAGCCCGGAGCGCUCGAGCCCAGGACCCCGAGCCCAGAGGCUCGGAGGCGGAGCCGGGAGCGCCUGCGGCGGCCGCGGAGCGGCGAUGACUGCCGGGCCCCAGAGCUUGUGAGCGGGGCCGCGGCCGGACAAGACAAGACCAAGAUGACCACGGUGGCCCCUCUGGGAGGUGCCAGCUUUCCAGGGAAUGAGACCGCGAUGUCCACAGAAGACUUCCUUUAUAAGAGUUCGGGAGCCAUCGUAGCAGCCAUUGUGGUUGGAGUCAUUAUCAUCUUCACCGUGGUGCUCAUCUUGCUAAAAAUGUACAACAGAAAAAUGAGAAUGAGACGGGAAUUGGAACCUAAGAGCCCCAAGCCCACCGCCCCAGCAUCUCCCACGGGCCAGCCCAGCAACAACAGCGUCAGUCAGCCCACCACCGUCACAUUUAUUCCAGUCGACAUCCACAUGGAGAAUCGGUGACCAGAGAAAGUCCCUCCGGGGUCCUCAGCCAGAUCUCCAGCUCCAUCCAGAUGGGCCCUCGCUGAUAAGGGGGAAAUGGAGAGCCAGAUUUCUGGCAGAGCUUGUGUCAAGCCUUUCUAUAUUUGAUUGGAGCUGGGGACAAGCCCUGACAACCUCUUUUUUCCCCUAGUUACAAACCUAACUCUUGUGACACUCCCUCCCCUAACACUGAAGCAGUGGCAAGCUAUGUCGGAUAUGUAUUAACAUUUAUGUUCUACUUUUCUCCCUGAUCUCGUAGCUAAUUCAAAGGGAUAAUGAAUCCCAAAAGGCUGGAGGCAGAUGGGACUUUAUAAUGUACAGUGAUAGCAUGUAGAAUAUCUGUUCCACUUCUUGGAUGAUAAACCACCAGAACCAAAAAAAGCAUUUGACCAUAGAAUAUUCAAUUUGGAAAAGCAGAGCUGGGCAGGGAGGGGACCUUGUGAACAAUCUCAGAGUUGGAAGAGAACUAAAAAGGAGAAAUUUAGAACAAUGAUAGAACUGACUGUAUCCUUGGGAACUAUCUAGCCCAAUCUUCUUCUUUACACAGGAGGGCUGUGGGAUCAUAGACCCCCUAGGGCUGAGAAGAACCUCAAUAGAUUGUCUAAUCCAUCCGUCUCUUGUUACAGAUGAGAAAACUGAAGCAGAGGGAAGAUAAAUGCCUUGUCUCACAGGAAAAUGAGGUCUAGAGAAGGUCACAUGAUGAGUUUGAGUUUCUGACUGAGCUGGGACAAGAACAAUUAAAUUAUUUCAAAUACUGAAUGCAAGAUAAUGAGAGCCCUCAAAAGGGCAUCUGUCCAAAUGGUUCACCAGGCAUUUUUCCCCAGGAGCUCUGUGCUCAGGGAAUGGGCUGUGGGCCUGGGCUAAUUAAAUAUAACUAACUCCAUAGGUAAAUUAUGUCAGUGGCCAGAAGGCAGCAAAUCCAAACACCUCUAAUUUUGAAUCUAGAGAAAACAUCAAGAGAAACAAAUUGAUAAAAGAGCUUUCUCUUGAGUAGUAUGUGUCUUUGUUAGACAGAGCUAAAGAACUGAGACAGACAUUCAUUUUCUCCAUUCUUUUGUUCCAGCUGCCAUGUAGAUACUUCUCUACCCAUUCCCGCAUUUCCCCCUACCCCUCUGACCUAUAAUAAUAGCUCAUUUUUGUGUAGCAUUUUAUGGUUUACAGAGAGUAUUCCUCAUACUGCUGUCAAAACAAGUGGUAUAAGUUUUACUAUUUCCAUUUUACAGGUACAGAAACUGAGGCUCAAAGAGCUAUAUAGUAAAUCUAGUAAAUGAUUGAUCUGGGAUUUCACCAUUAGUCACCUGAUUCUGGAGUCAAGGCUUUCCUACUCUCCCCUAUAACCUUCCCAAGGCUCUUGUUGAUCUUUCACUGAUUAUACAACUUGGAGGGGAGGGCUGCUCCCUGAUGCAACCUAGAAUAAGUUAUUAUGAGGGGGAAAGUACUGUAGUUUGAUGGUUCAAUAAACCAACAGCAGCCUCGAGAUAUUUCCUCCUUUCCACAAAUUUUAUACAAGAACAAAAACCCAAGAUGCAGAAUGGCUGCUUCUAGUUCAGAAGUGCCAGCCUCUCAAGAAAGUGGGGGGCAGUGUUUCCUUUGUCACCUCACAAGUGAGAGGAGUGAAGGUUUCCAUUUGGGUCUUGGGCAUCCUAUCCCACCCAUUCUCCAAAGUUGUUACUCUGGAAAACAGAACCUACCACGUACUGGCUCUUGAAUUCAAUCUCAGGUACUCUUUUCAGCCCAUUACAAAUGCAAAGAUUCAUUGUUCUCCAAUCCCAUUGGCUCUGAUCUUGGUGUUCUGGAGUGAGAUUAGACUUAAAAUCAGAAAGAUCUGAGUUCAUAUCCUUACUCCGAUACUUACUAAUUAUGUGACAAUGUACUUAAACACUCUGACCCUUGGUUUACUCAUCUGUAAAAUGGAGAGAUAUCACCUAUAACCUGCUUUAGAGAAUUGAUUGUUAAUAGGGUCAGAUGAAGUUUUUCAUGUAACAUGCAGAGCUCUAAAUUUUCUAUAAAUAUUUGUAUUUUCAGAAAUCAGUAUGUUCAGAAAAGGGCUUUGGUGUAGGAAUAAUUCUAAUGUGGAACCCUUCUUAGUCACACCCCCCUGCAUCUCAGCCUUGAUUGUUCUAGGAGGAUAAGUCACUUUACUUCCAAGUGCUGAGAAGAUGCUAUCUUACAAGGGUAAAGGGAAUUUUCUCUCUGGGAGUUCAUUUUUGUCACUGAAAUCCUAGGUCCUCUCUCUGUCCCAUUAUUGAUCAAAAGAGUGAGUAGAGGGGACAAGAGAAAUCAGGUGGUGAGGGUGAUGAUGGGGAAGGCUGGGGUAGUGUUUCCUAAUUUCAUUGUCUUUGAUCUUCACAAAGCUCCUGUGAGAUAGGUAGGGCAAGUAUUAGUGUUAUAUAGAGUAGGAAACUGAGCAUGGAAAGGCACUUGAUCAGAUCUACAUGAUCAAGUGGCAGAACUGGGAUGGGACCCCAAGUCCUCUGGCUCUUGAAUCCAAUUCUCAUUGAGCUGUACUGCCUCUUGUACAUCAGAAGGACCUGGAGGGAGAAACAGAAUUUUUACAAUUUGUUUUAGGUUUUAUGUUUAAUAAAUAAACAACCCAACCCAAUAACCAAUUUAUUUUUAGUUUAAAAUUGUAGGGCUUAGUCUGGGAAGGAGAGGAGCCCUUGACUUUUUAAAUGCCCUUUCUAAAUAUACCCCAAAUUGUCAUUUU